AUGAGCUACAUCGACAAACCACGUUUCCACAAACCCACACAUCCGGCACGCAUCAAGCCAGCACCUGCUGAGCCACAUCUCGAGCCGCAAGCCACUCGCUUACCGCUCUUGCGUUCUGAGAAUGUGCCGGCGAAUGCACCCCCACUCCAGGCCCAUGCUCAGGCUGGCUUAGACAUGCAGCGACAAGCCAUGGCCGAUCAAAAGGAACUCCAGCGGCAGCAAGCUGCACAAAUACAGAUCCUCGCUGACGCAAAAGAACAACUUCGGAAAGAACUUCCGCUUCGUGGAAUUCGAUGCGCAGCCACUGAUUGCAGUGCGUUGGCGAAACACGACGAUGUUCAAGCGCAUGUAUUUCGUUCGAGGCGAUCCAAGCAUAUUUGUCCCGAUCCUCGAGGGGAUCCUUCUAUGCGUGUUCUUCAGCUGGGCAUCGAACAGACGCAAGAGGUACCUGCUGCUGUGCUACGCGCUAUGGAGCAGUAUGGUGGCGAGCUACUUAUGCAUCCCGUUGUCUUCGACUGGGACUACUGGAGUGUAGAUCAGAUUUUGCGUGCCUUGCUUCCCGACGAACUCGAAGAAGGUGCGCCAUCGGCUUUUUCUAUGGUGGGCCACAUAGCGCACGUCAAUCUGCGAGAAGAGUACUUGGCGUACCGCUACUUGAUUGGACAGGUCAUCCUGGACAAGACGCCGCGCGUCGAGACAGUCGUGAACAAGCUUGAUACCAUCGACACCGAGUUCCGGGUAUUUGCCAUGGAACUGCUGGCUGGCAUACCCAAGUACACGGCUGAUGUGUCGGAGUCGGGUUGUCUUUUCACACUCGAUUUCCGUCAUGUAUACUGGAACAGCCGGCUGCAUACAGAACAUGGUCGGAUCAUCGACUUGUUCGAGCCGUUCCAGGUCGUCGCAGAUGUCAUGGCGGGUGUUGGCCCAUUUGCAGUGCCUGCAGCGAAGAAGGGCUGCUGGGUCCUUGCCAAUGACCUCAACCCUGCCUGUUAUGAAAGUCUGAUGCACAACAUACGCCAAAACAAGGUUGUGUCUCACUGCUUACCGAGCUGUGACGACGGUCGCAAGUUUAUACGGCACAGCAUCCGCCAAGCGUGGGAGGCUGCUUUUCCUGCGAACGAUCCAUCACUUAUGAGCGGCCGACAAAAACGCCGCGAGCGUCGCAUCGCCGCGAAUGGUGGCGGCCCAACGGCCAAUGCCGUCGAAGAACAUGCUGGUUCUAAACCACCUGUGAGCUCACCAGGCCUUGCUGCACUGGAUUCACGACCACGUCGCCUGAUCGACCACUUUGUCAUGAAUCUGCCAGCUUCAGCCCUUGAAUUUCUAGAUGCAUUCCGCGGUGCUUAUGCAGAGCUUGCGCAGGCCGUGGGAGCAGAUGCACUCGACGCAGAAAUUGCCGCCCGACAGGCUGCGCCUCAGCUUCAUGCAUGGCCUAUGGUUCAUGUUCAUUGCUUUACAAAAGAUGUCGAGCAUGCGGGAGAGGAUAUUUGUGCACGAGCUAGUGCAGCCCUAGGUCUCGAAGGAAAUGCAUGCUUACAGCCGCCUGGUUCGCCGCAUGCGACACCUGACCUAUCGCUUCAUCUUGUGCGCUCCGUCGCACCGAACAAAGACAUGUACUGCUUGAGUUUCCGUCUCACACCAGACGUGCUAUACAAAACUACGACGUGCUAA